UCCAUGAAUCAGACAACACACAAGAAAACAAGACAACCCAGUUCCUCUUUCUCCAUCGUCACUAUUACAGAAGGUGGAAAUUUUUAGGGUUUUAUUUUCUGGAUUUUUUUUUAUUGAAAGAGCUUUCCUUUGCCUGGAUGAAUAUGUUUGGCUUUUCUCGUAGACGCAUGAAGCUUGGCAGAGUGAAGAAAGUACAGCUUUCGGAGUCUGCCCAUGGAAUUAGAAGUCCUAUGAGACCACCCAAACAAAGCAACAAUGCAAAUGUUGAGUCUGCGAUGCCUGCUGGUAGUCAUUCCGACGAACUUGAAUCCCACUGUGCUACUGCCCCAGAGAUUAAUUCAUCAGGGAACUCCGAGAAUUGGAUGGUGUUGUCAGUUUCCGGUGAAGCACCUGUGCCACGUUUCAAUCAUGCAGCCACCAUUGUUGGGAACAAGAUGAUAGUGGUUGGUGGUGAAUCUGUGAACGGAACUUUAGAUGAUGUGCAGGUUCUUAAUUUCAAUACUUUUUCUUGGAGCAUGGCAUCAUCAAAGCUUUACUCGUCACCUAGUAAUCUUCCACUUAAGAUUCCUUCAUGCAAAGGCCAUAGUCUGGUUUCAUGGGGAAAGAAAGCCCUCUUGGUUGGAGGCCGACCCGACCCUGCAAAUGACAAACUUUCAGUAUGGUCAUUCGAUACAGAGACAGAAUGCUGGUCAGUUAUGGAAGCAAAAGGAGAAAUACCGAUUGCUCGAAGUGGUCACACUGUGGUUAGGACAAGCUCCGUGUUAAUCCUUUUUGGUGGUGAAGAUGCUAAAAAGAAGAAACUGAAUGACUUACAUAUGUUUGAUUUCAAGUCCUUGACAUGGCUCACUCUUCAGUGCACGGGAACAAGACCAUCACCAAGGUCCAAUCAUGUAGCAACUCUUUAUGGUGAUAAAACCCUUUUCGUCUUUGGUGGAGCAUCAAAGUCCCGGACAUUGAAUGACUUGUACUCGCUUGACUUUGAAACGAUGGUAUGGUCAAGAAUAAAGAUAUGUGGUUUUCAUCCGUCACCAAGAGCUGGUUGCUGCGGUGUUCUGUGCGGAACAAAAUGGUACAUAGCCGGAGGUGGAAGUAGGAAAAAAAGACACACAGAGACUGUUGUCUAUGAUGUUCUAAAGUCCAAGUGGUCCGUGGCCAUUAAGUCACUUCCAUCCUCGAUCACCACUAGCAAGGGAUUUAGCCUAGUACUCGUGCAGAACAAGGAUAAGGAUUUCCUUGUUGCAUUCGGCGGAUUUAAAAAAGAGCCAUCAAAUCAGGUUGAAGUACUGAUCAUUGAUAAGAAUGAAUCGUCCAUGGAACGGAGAUCUACUCUCUGUAAACCUGCAGGACAAAUGCAUUUUGCAAAGCGUGAUUCAUCAUCUGCAGGGCCUGCUAACCAAACGAUUAACAGUUCUUCCCAAAGUUCCGACGAUUCUGCUGUGAAACAAAAUUUAGCCUCUAUAAUCGAACACAAUUGUAGUCGGAAAUCAUUGUUGGAGUUGACUUUUCUGGACCAAAAUACUCCCGGAAAUGUCUCACUGAGGAAGCAAUUUAAUAACGAGGAAGAACAUAAUGCAACUGUUAGAAUAACAAAGAAUCCGGAUAAUUCAAGUUUUAUUCUGCAGGCAACGGAAGAAAAAACGAGUCAGUCUGAUACAGGAAUUCGGAUUAGUUCUCCUGGGAUGAAAAUUAGUUCAGAGUUCGGAACUGAAUGUUCAAGUCUGCAGGUUGAAGGGAUCUCAAAUGAUCCCAUCAAUAACGAUAAUUUUGUAUUCCCGGAAGCUGAUGAUAAAUCAGGAGCAUUAUCAGCUCCCACAAGCAUGUAUCAAUUUUACGAGACAAGAAUGGCUGCCCUAAGUAGAAAAAAUGGAAUUUUAGAAGUACAGUUGGCGGCUGCAUUGACAUGCCGAGACACGGCAGAGAGAACUUUAGCCUCGGCUCUCAAGAGCAAAGAGGAGAUGAAGAAAAGAUUUGAGGACACGAUGAAGGAGAUGGAACUGCUAAAAGAUAAACUAGCUGGUAUAGAACUUGCGCAUGAGGAGGCUAACAACUUAUCGAACAUAGUCCACUCGGACAAUGUAAGACUUGAACAUGAUGUGGCGUUCCUUAAGGCUGUUCUAGAUGAUACACAAAAGGAGCUUCACUCAACGAGAGGAGUCCUUGCAGGGGAGAGGGCCAGAGCAUUCCAGUUACAGGUUGAAGUUUUCCAUCUCAAACAAAGGUUGCAAUCAAUGGAGAACCGAGCGCCGACUCCAAGGAAACCAUUCAAUGUAUAGUAUAUCAGACCAAAUCCAGUACCCGUUAUAGUCAUCCAUGUAUCUAUUUUCCAAACAUGAUCGAUCCUACGUACGACAAACCAUUUGAAUAAACAACCGUUGAAUCUGCCUGGGAUUGAGCCUUUGUCUGCAGAGUGCAGAACUAAGCAUGGAGAUUUGUCCAGUAGUCUACCUGGUCUGCAGAGUGUGCAGAACUAAGUAUGUAUAUGCAUGAAUAUGUCGCAUGUUUCGAUGGAUGUAAUCGCUUUCACCAAAUGAUGAACACUAAGGAUGCAGUUGGAACCUUGCUGCUGCUGAAAGGGCUUUUAGCCUGUUUUUCUUUCAAGCAAUGCAAAAUCCAUGUAUCUAUUUAUUCCAUGAUCUCUUUAGUA